UCUGUGGUGUGCUCUCGAGGUUUAUUAUGUCAGUUAUCAAAAUAAUUCAAUGCUUUACUUGAUGACUUCAGUUCUCCUUGUACCUCCCACUCAGAACUCUGAGCUUCUGAACAUGGAACUUGACUAAUAAAGUAAUAAUACUGCUGAUGACUUGAGACUUGGCAAUGGUCUCUUUCUUGUCGUCUAUCUGAGGCUCAAGGCCUAAACUUCAAAGGUGGGAUUGUGGGAAGCACAAAUCUAAUCUAUCGAAUGUCCUAGUGGAACGCCAUCUUGACUUGAAUGAUGACUUCAGUUCUCCUUCGUUGCUAUAUAUCCCUUGAACCUAUACAUACGCGUAUCUCUCACUCAGAACUUUGAACCUCUUCAUGCUGCAAACCCUUCGCCCAGGAUCGCAAUCCCACACUACAAAGUGAUCCAUCUCUGGGCCUUGCCGACAACAAAAGCAACUACAGCGCUUUUUUCUGCGGAUUGUUGAUGGCGGCGAUGGUGUGCUCUGCUGUCGUUAGCGAAACAGUGAGUAAGAUCGUCUCAAGCCUCCUCGCUAAGGAUGAUGGCAAGUCCAGUGCAGCAGAAAACAUAGAAAGGCUGGAGAUGGCACACAUCAAGAUGGAGUCCGCGCUGCACAUGGCUGAAAAAUGGCAGGUCACUGAUGUGCCGCUGCUAAGGUGGCGGAGCAAGCUGAAGCGCGCCGCAGAGGAGUGUGACGGCGCUCUGCGGAGGUGCAAGCAGCGCGCCCUGGAAGAGGAAGAGAUCCGGCAGUCCUCGUUUCCCAAACGGAUUGCUCAUGCUACCAAGUCAUUUAUCUCGUCUUUCCCCGCCGCCGGCGCUAGCAGAGAUGAGACAAGCUCAGGCAGUAGCGAUGUCCGGAGAUUCGAGAGGUUUGCAGACAGUUCACAUGAAUUCCUCAAGUUCGUCGAGGUCGGUGGAACCCCCUGGAAGUACACGUUCUUCAACCCUCUCAUCGGCCAUCUUCUUGCAGGGAAAUCUAUGAAGUACCACGCAGUUCACAUGAAUUCCUCAAGGGGUUUAUAUCUUGGCUUCAUGCUGCGGCUCUCUGAAAGCACUGACAUACUCGGCGUCAUCAUCAGGUGCUUGCAGUCAGUCACGCCGCGGUUGAAGCCUACCGCAGAAUGUGUCAAGAGAGAGCUCAUUCAGCUGCCUACGCAAGAUUUCUCCUGGUUGCCGUAUGGUCUCCAUACCAAAAAUGAGUACUGGAACAACGUCCACUGCAGUUUGACUCAGUGGUAUCGUCCAAACCCUCUUUGUUGCAACGAGCACAAGAACAACAACAACUUGAUCACCUCCUCUGUUAUUGGUAGCACAUUUCCGGAGGAGGUUAUUGUGGUACACCUGCACUGCAGUGCCAGGUCUCGGUAUCUUAUUAUCGUCAAUUCGUCAGGACAAAACUAAUCUGAGUUCUGCAGCUCAACAUGGAGGAACUGGUUUUCAGGAUUCAGAUUUUCCGCCAGUGAAAGUAGGAGUUUUGAUCAUACCUCACGACUCUCCAGAGGACAUGGAGCCUGGAGCUGAGACCUAUGCUCUAGAGGUGAUUGCUGAAAAGGAGAAGGGAAUGGUGGUACACACCAAUGCAUGCCUGCAAGACCUAGAUGAGAAGUUACUACCCAAGGCGAUAAAUUACCUGAAUCAGAAUCCUGAAUCGAAGGAAUACCAAAUGUGUUUCAAGUCUAGACAUGGCACGGCGCACCUUUACCUGGAGAAGACGAGUGCACAAAUGCAAAAAGGACGUACAAGUAAAAGCAAAACCACAAAGCUGCAGGCUCGGAAGAAAAGGGUAAUUCCAUUCGACAGCGUAGAGAUAUGGAAGCAGGCCUCCCGGGACUAUCUCAAGUUAUGGGUUGUUCGUGCAUCGAGCACACUACGAAGUUUAUUCAGGUCUUGGGCUGGCCAUACUUAGCUUCGCACAAGGGCUGGUACACCAGAAUGUAUUGAAAAAAAAAAAUGCUAUGUGCUGCUAGUUCCAUCCACCAGGGAUACUGAAAUGUGUUUAGCCAGUGAAGUAUCUGUUGUGUAUAAAUUAAAUCCAUGAAAAUUCAUUCUUUGUGGUAGGUCCUUAAUCAAAUAUAGAUUGGUUAUAUACUCUUUUUUUUUUAAGUAUUUGAAAAAUCA